UUCCCUCUUUGAAGUUUGAUCUUCCAUGUCGUGGUUAUGUUCCACGUUUUUCCGCCAAAACUGUAUAUUAUUUGACUGGCAGUUAAAAACUGGCUUUAAUAGAGUAAACCCUUGGGUACUCUGGGGCCAAAAAACAACAACAACAACAUUAUUUGACUAUUUCUUAAUCAUGUCCUUAGAUGAGUUUCAAUCUUCCGAAUCUGGCAUAGCGCCGUUAUUGGAAAAUGGAGUGGAGUUUACAUUGGAAGAUGUAUACGAAUCCUUGAAGGACAUUAAAAAGGAAAGACUACAGGAACUGGAAACUUUAGUCGAUGCAAAUCUGAACAAUGAAGCUGCAAUUAUAAGUCCAAAAGAUAUUGAGAAGAUUAAAAAGAAGCAAGUGCGCCUUUUUCAGUGUUUAUCAGAACGCCUUGAAAAAGAAUGCCCUAAGGAUUAUCCUAUACUAAAGACGUCGGAUCUCUAUGUCGAAACAAUAAAAGAGUUGGAAAAAGAAGUUCAGGAUAUGCAGGGGUACCUUGAGAAAAUGCAGAAUGAAUUGAAAGAAAGCAAGGAUGAUAUCGUUUAUUUAGAAAAGAAAAAGCAAGGUUUAGAAAAUAUGAGAAAAGCUUAUCAAGGUGAAAGUCAGAAAGCUGUUAGUAAGACAUACAUGGAUGAACUUGCUCUUGUGAAUCGUUUGUUCAAAUCAGUUAAAACUGAUUUGCACUUGGUAGUGGAUACACUUUUCCCUAAUAACGAAGACUUUAAAGAUUUACUAGGAGCAUUAACGACCGCAUAUACUAAUGGAGGUGAUGAUAUUUAUAUAGAUUUGAUUCCUGAAACAUUGCUAUGUGCUACGUUUUUAAUAGAAGGUGACAUUGCUGUUUAUCAUCCUAACGAUACAAAUAAAAUUAAAUUGGCACAAUUAUUAUGAAUUAGGGUACUAUUUUUAAUAUUUUAUAUUCUAAUUUUUAAUU